GUGCCCUAUAAGCUAACAGAUCUUACAAGUCUCAGCUAAAUAUAUUUUGUUUAAUUUUUAUGCAAAAUGAAGUACUUUGAGGUUAUGUGUUUGUUGGUUGUGGUGGGGUUGAGCGAUGCUUUUCCAAAAUCAGGAUAUUAUCCUAGAUCUUAUGUACUAGGAGGAAGCUACUACUCGAACCCAAGAUACGUUCGAGAAAAUACAGGUUAUGAAUAUCUGCCUCCAGGCCAAAUGACCGCCAUGGUAGUAGGAGAUACCGUAGCUACAAACUCGUUUUCCGGAGGUUUCAUACCUCAAGAGCCAGCAGUUAAUCCACAAACGCCAGAUGUUGAAGAGAGUGUGCCACAGAUAAUUGAGCUUGGUGAUGGUAAUCAAGAGCAAAUAACUGAAAAACAACAGCCCAUUUACAGCCACCAAGAAGCUGAUUUAAUUAACGAAACUGAACCUGAGGAAGUAAUCGAUCACCAUCAGAAUAAUGGAAAUGGUGAACAGGAAACUUUGUUUUCUCUUGAUGAAGUUACUACCGAAACUGUGGCUGUUUCCACCACCAAGUUGCCAGCCAUUGCUUCUAAAAUUCCCGCUGUUGUUAAACGUACAAAAAUUGGUAAAGCUAAGAGGCCUACUACAACUGUUCCUAUAGUUCCUGCUCUACCCGCUGAAAAAGAUGAUGAAGAAGAAGAUUCUCCUGUAUCAUGGCCUUUUGGAGGAGCUGGAAGAGGUGGCAUCCCUGCCUACAACGCUUUCUUCCCGAUCUUCAUCGGUGGAAGCCCUUCGGCCAGAUCAAGAACGCGUUCUACUGAAGGAGAAGAUGUUGGCUAUCCCGGAUCUGCCACUGCCAUAGCCAACUCUUUUUCAACAGGCAAAGGAGGCGUUGCCACAUCUCACGCUACCUCUUUUGGUGAUCCUUACGCUGCCGCCAUGAUGAGGAACGCUGGACUCUUUAAUUUUAGGACGAAGUCGAAUAAGAAACAACAGCCGAUACACCAGGAGGAGGAUGAAGAAUAGGUGUAGACUAAUUUGGACUUUAUUUAUUAAAUUAAAGUAAAGUUGAUCAGAUUUAUUAUCAUACACAAAUAUGUAAUUGAGAUGUUGAAAAUGAUAGCGCUAGUCACACUAAGUAAACAAAUCUACCACCAAUUUUAUAUGUAUGUGUAUAAAUAUAUAUAGGUUGGAGACGUUUUUGUACAAGCCAUAUUAUAUGCAAAAGGUAUACAUAUUAUAUUAGUUAAUAUAUUGUGUUUAUUAUUUCAAGAUAUCAAUAAUAAAAUACAAUAAAGAAAAUAAAUAAA